AUGUUUUAUCCAAUUGAUCUACUUUCCCGUCGACAAAGAGGCAAAUUUGCUGCUUCUUGGCUUGCUUCAACGAAUAGUGAGGCAUCAUUUAAGAAACUCUAUGUUUCUAAUGCUAUAAAGAAGAUGAACGUUGUACAAACAUGCAAUGAUAUUUUGGAAGUGAUACAGUUUUCCAAUGGGAAAUUACAUGAAAGAUUCAGUUUAUACCUGUCGUCACAAUUAAUGUAUGGUAUAACAAAAAUUUAUUCUUAUCAGGUUGAUUAUUAUCAAAAGGAUAUUUUUAAAUUUGAAGAAAAUCUUAACCCUUUUGUAUUAUCAAAGAAGAAAGGAAAUAGGUUUGAUGAUUUUGAGGAUAUUGAAUGUCCUGAUAUAGAACUGCCUAAAGAUUUUUUUAGCACUCAACUUUUAAGAGAAGACUUACAUAUUCUUCCUGGUGGAGAUCUCCAUGACAUGCUAGAAAUAGCUAUGCAAGAUGAGGAACUCCUAAAUUUUGGUUGCUUAAAUGAUGAAGAGUUGGAAUUAUUUCUGGGUCAUAACAAUAUCUCACUUGAGGAAAACAUUUUAAAACAGAUGGCUGAUAUAACAAUUACAGAAGAGAUUCAUCGACAUUCAUCUCAGAAAAACAUUAGUCCGGUGCUUGUGGAUAUAUCAAAAAGAAUACAUAAAUCCAAAGGAAAAGUACCUGUCACUCCGCAGAAACGGCAACCGCAAAUUCAACCCGAAACACCUACAAAGAAAAGACGUUUAUUUGAAACUGCAAGUGUACCUACUACAGAAGAUAUAACAGUACCUCUUGUAGAAGAUAUUGCAGAACCAAUACCGACUCCUGAAUUGCCUGCGGAAAAAACGGCAAUAUUAGUUCCCUCACAACAAAUAGAAAUGGAAUUGGAAUCGUUACAUUCAACCAACUUCGUGAUUGCCAAGCAUUCAAAGAAAACCAAAAUUAUUGAUCAAAAAAUUGUCUUAACUGACAAACAACUUCAGAAAUGGCGUCAAAAUAUAAAGAUUCAAAGCAAGCAAUCAGAUAAUGUAGUUAAAUCGAUAGAACGUUUGACACCGGCGAUAAAUCUUCUCAAGGAACCUUCAUACUUACCUAAGCGAUGGAAUACUAGUUUGCGCAAUCUUUUUGUUGAUCACAUCACCGGACCGUUUAUAAAUGUAGAUGAGGAUGUUGCACCUACUGAUUUCGUAGAAUUGAAAGAAACAAUGCUUGUAGAAGAGACAAUUAGCAAGCAAAAUCUUCCUACGAAAGAUAUGAGUACAUUUACGAAAAUGGAUACUACAAUUGCUGCUGAUCCUGCAAACAGCAUUCUGCCAAUAUCAAUAGCUCACUUAACUGCGAGUAUACCACCGUCACCAGAAAGAAUACAUACGAUUACUUUAGAAGAAGACAUUAGUAGCUCAGAUGGAAUUUCAUUAAUUUCACCUAAUGUAUCAAGUGAAGAUAUUUUGUCUCAAUUAGAAGUUUUUUGGUUCGAGGAGCCUUGCGUCAAGUUGAGUCAGCUUAUUCCAAAGGACGAAUAUACGGCAGAAGAUGCAGCUGCUGUUUUUAGUAUACUUCUUGAAUUGCAUGCACAAAAGAAGCUUAUUCUGCAGCAGGCUGAAUGUUUUCGUACUUUACGAAUUUGGAGAAUUGGAAAGUUAAAUUAA